UAAUAAUUUACAUUAGCAUUUUCAAUUUAAUUUUUAUAAACAUUUUUAAAUAUAUAUAUAAAUUAUUAAUAUAUUUAUCAUCAGUUUUAAAUUAUAAAUCUUUAAUAUUAUAUUUUUUUUCAUUAUUUAAGUUGUAAAAUAUAUUAUUUAAUUUACGAUGAAUUUUAUAUAAAUUUUCAAAUAUUUAAUAU